UCUGACAGAGAGGCUGAAUGUCUGCAGGACAUCCUUUUCUCUACUAACCACCAGCAGGGUUGGCAUACCAACACUCCGCUCCACACAGACAGGACCAGCAGGGUUGGCAGACCAACACUCCGCUCCACACAGACAGGACCAGCAGGGUUGGCAGACCAACACUCCGCUCCACACAGACAGGACGAGCAGGGUUGGCAUAUAGACGCACAGAGACCCACGCUCCGCUCCACACAGACAGGACGAGCAGGGUUGGCAUAUAGACGCACAGAGACCCACGCUCCGCUCCACACAGACAGGACGAGCAGGGUUGGCAUACCAACACUCCGCUCCACACAGACAGGACGAGCAGGGUUGCCAUAUAGACGCACAGAGACCCACGCUCCGCUCCACACAGACAGGACGAGCAGGGUUGCCAUAUAGACGCACAGAGACCCACGCUCCGCUCCACAGACAGGACGAGCAGGGUUGCCAUAUAGACGCACAGAGACCCACGCUCCGCUCCACACAGACAGGACGCGGUUUUCUAUAACUGGACUGAAAACAGCUUACAGAAAGCAACAUUGCAGAUCAUUGGAAGUCAGUAAAGUUAGUGACUCCUAGAGAGUUGCAUGUGGAACUGUUGUUUACGUGCGGAAGCAUCUUUAGGUUUAGGGGCCAAUUUUGCUUUGAAGUUUGCUCUCUCUUUUUUUUAUCUUACCUUGAAGGCAUCACUGAGAUAAGUCAUUAUUGAUACGGUGAGCAGAGCUAACUCACUCUAAAGGAGAAUACACAUUUGGGGUAGCCAUUUGGGCUAGCCUCUUGACUUUUUGGCCACCAUGUGGGAGUUCCGUUCCAUGUCGUUCUGGCGGGCGGUGUUCGCUGAGUUCUAUGGCACCAUGUUCUUUGUGUUCUUCGGUCUGGGGGCGGCUCUGCGCUGGACCACCGGGUCCCACAACGUUCUCCACGUGGCUUUCUGCUUCGGCCUGGCCGCUGCCACCCUCAUCCAGUCCAUCGGUCACAUCAGUGGUGGACACAUCAACCCGGCUGUCACCUUUGCCUACUUGAUUGGCUCCCAGAUGUCCCUGUUCCGCGCUGUCUUCUACAUCGUGGCCCAGUGUCUGGGGGCGCUGGCUGGGGCCGCUGUGCUCUACUCGGUCACCCCCAACAACAUGAGGGGCAACCUGGCACUCAACAUGCUGCAGCCAGGUAUCAGCCUGGGCAUGGCCACAACCGUGGAGGUGUUCCUCACCCUGCAGCUGGUUGUCUGCAUCUUCGCUGUGACCGACGAGAGGCGUAACGGACGCCUGGGCUCUGCCGCCCUGGCCAUCGGCUUCUCUGUUCUCAUAGGACAUCUGUUGGGGAUGUACUAUACUGGUACUGGAAUGAACCCUGCCAGGUCCUUCGCCCCCGCUGUGCUGGUCAGAAAAUUUGUCAACCACUGGGUGUACUGGGUGGGUCCGAUGAUUGGCGGUGCUAUGGGAGCUAUUAUCUAUGAUUUCAUGCUGUUCCCCCGCAUGCGCAGUCUCUCUGAGAGGAUGGCCAUCCUGAAGGGUACCAGGCCCCCAGAGACUGAGAGCCAGCAAGACGCCAGAGGAGAGCCCAUCGAGCUCAAGACUCAGGCCCUAUAAGCCUGGUGAAGAAGGUUGGCUUUCUGAACUCCAUAUUCCCCUAUUCUGUACACAAACCUCCUCUGAACCCUCAACCCUACCCAACACACAUACACACACAUUUCUCUUCCUCUCUAACCCACACACCCACAUAGUACACACAGACCACCACGACAACUCCACCUUUCUCACCCUCCUCAUCCUUGCUCUGCUGAUCCAGAAACAGUACAUGCUGAAUUACUGGGCAGCCAAAGCUCUAACCCUCCUCCGACCUGUGAACUAUGACCCCCCCCCCCCCCCCCCCCCCUUGGACUGCAGGACAAAGAUGGAGGGUAGUAAGAAGAGGACUUAGUGGCCACUGAAGAAAGCACCCUGCUUGCGGCCUGUUGUGUAGGGAGUGGGUCAGUCCUGGCUGACCAGGUGGCUGUAACUGCUCAGGACAGGGGCAUCUCUCUCUCUUCUUUUCUAUCUAUAUUUUGUAGUCUGCUAGGAGUGUAGCUACAGUAGAGCAGUGAACUUCAUGCUUUUCCCAUUUUUUUAUGAAACUUCUGGUACCUAAUGUGUAUGUUAUUAUUAUGCCCUUGAAGAAUUUCUAGGGAUUUUUUUCAACUCUAGUUAUAUUUUCAAGUCAUGCGUUGUGUUGUUUGUGCGUGUUUUAGGAGACCAUUGUUAUUAUUAUUAUUUUUUUCAUUAACAAUUCCUUUGUUCGUCAUCAUGCUGUUUUACAGUACGUAGUUUACCUUUAUUUAACUAGGCAAGUCAGUUAAGAACAAAUUCUUAUUUACAAUGACUACUACGGGGGAACAGUGGGUUGACUGUUCAGUGACAGAACAACAGAUUUGUACCUUGUUAGACUGCAGCCUAUUCUAAGGGAAAGAAGCAUCUUUUGUCCCCCUCUUCCUUCAAUGAAAGUUCUGAUUCAUUACUAGCAACAUAUUUAGAGUGCUCCCCUUUUGUCCAAAAGCCCUUCAAUUUUUAGCUGUCUUUUUAAAAAUGGUUCUGUCUAAUUGUAGACUGUCUCUUCUAGGGGAGCACAAACAGUCAGAUUUAUAUGAAAAUUAACACACACAAAAACUCAAUCUCCAUUUCUAUUUAAACACAUUAUCUUGAAAUUGUAUAUUAUUUUUCAUUUAGUAUUACUAAAUUCCACUUCUUUGACCUGAUGUCUCUCGUCAACUUUGACUUUUUACAGCCAUGAUAAGUGCCUGAAGACAUAAAAGGGUUUCUACUGUAUGCAGUUCAGUAUCAGUAUUAUCUGUGCCAGACUGUUAUGUUUUGCUCUGUUUCUGGAAUGCUGGGUUUUUUUUUUCAUUAAAGGUUUUGCUGUUACAGCGGUUUCAUGUACAGGCGUGUGAUAGCUGGAUUGGCUUUUAUUUUGUGUCAUUUUACUUAAUAACAAAAAAAAUCAAACUGGCUUUGUAGUGUUGAUUGUAGAUUCUUUCUUAUACAUAUCCUUUAAAUCUCUCUUCUGUCUCGGCCGGGGAGAGGUUCUCUUCUCUCUCUAGGAGGAGAGGUUAUUUUCUCUCUCUAGGAGGAUAGGUUCUCUUCUCUCUCCAGGUGGAGAGGUUCUCUUCUCUCUCUAGGAGGAGAGGUUCUUGUCUCUCUCUAGGAGAGAUUCCCGUCUCUCUAGGAGGAGAGAUUCUCGUCUCUCUAGGAGGAGAGGUUCUCAUCUUUCUUUAGGAGGAGAGGUUCUCAUCUCUCUCUAGGAGGAGAGGUUCUCUUCGCUCUCUAGGGGGAGAGGUUCUCGUCUCUCUCUAGCAGGAGAGUUUCUCUUCUCUCUCUAGGAAGAGAGGUUCUCUUCUCUCUCUAGGAGGAGAGGUUCGCUUCUCUCUCUAGGAGGAGAGGUUCUCUUCUCUCUCUAGGAAGAGAGGUUCUCUUCUCUCUCUAGGAGGAGAGGUUCUCAUCUCUCUCUAGGAGGAGAGUUUCUCUUCUCUCUCUAGGAGGAGAGGUUCUCUUCUCUUUCUAGGAGGAGAGGUUCUCAUCUGUCUCUAGGAGGAGAGGUUCUCUUCUCUCUCUAGGGGGAGAGGUUCUCAUCUCUCUCUAGGGGGAGAGGGGUCGGUUUAAGGUCUGUUUUUCCCUCCAAACUCAGGUUCUUAUAGCCUGGUUGCAGAUCUGUUUGUGCUAUGUUGCCAUUAAGUUAGCAAGACAUCACAAAUAGAUCUGAAACCAGGCUAUGGUUCUUAUACCUGGGGGGUAAAAACAGAAGAGGAUCGUGUUAACUGAGGCAACUAAAUGCUUUAGCUUUGUGUUACUGUCUGGGUGAGGAUGUGAGGUAAACUAAACGUUUACCCCCCCCCGACUCCUUGGUCCCCCUCUUCCCUCCAUUCCUGCUUUACCCCCCUACCUCCUCCCUCUGUUUACAAGACGGACAUUUUGUGUUCUGAUCUAAUGAUGACAGGACAGUUGAUGGGAUGGAGGGAGGGGUACUGCAUCGUUGAACCAGCUCAUUGUGCUAUUACACCCCCUUUCUGUUUCCACUGCUUGGUAGAGAAGUAAACUGAACCAGACAUGUAAACUGAUUCUCCUUUUUACAUUCACUUUUAUUCCGCUUGAUUCCCCCAGCGAUGGAUAUAAUAGGUUUCCUUACUUUUUAAAAUUCAAAUAAUGAUGCUUGUAUUCCAUUGAAAAGCUUUGUGAUGUACAGUGUACAAUUUUUUUUUUUUUUAAACUGGAUAGAUAGACAAUAUAAUUUCAAAGCUAUACAAUUUCUCCUCUUUGACCAUUUAGUUAUGAAAGGUAUGGGGAAAAUAUGUAAUAACCAUACGCUUAGAUCCUAUCAAGAACAUAUUAUAUACUUUAAUAAUCAGAGAAUCCUGGAUUUAUAAUUGUUAUGUUAAAAACUUCCUAAAAUUCA